AUGACCAUCAGAGCGUUUCACAGUAAAAUCCUGCGCCGCUUCAGCCUCGGUAUUGCAGUUGGGUUCCGGAUCAGCCGUGGCGUUCUGACGAAUGUUCCGGCUAUAUUUAUCUUUGUUGCUAGGAAAGUCCAUAGGCAGUGGCUUAAUCUAAUGCAAUGCCUUCCUUCCGCUCUCGAGGGUCCUGGAGGGAUAUGGUGCGAUGUAGACGUUGUGGAGUUUCAAUAUUAUGGUUCUCCUGUUGCAACGCCAAAGGAACAGGUUUAUAACGAACUUGUAGAUGGCUUGAGAGGCAGUGAUCCCUGCAUUGGCUCUGGCUCUCAGGUUGCAAGCCAAGAAACGUAUGGAACCUUGGGAGCCAUAGUGAAAAGCAGAACAGGUAACCAUGAGGUUGGUUUCCUUACGAACCGGCAUGUCGCUGUUGAUUUGGAUUAUCCAAGCCAGAAAAUGUUUCAUCCUCUGCCUUCAGGCCUUGGACAUGAAGAUUUCAACACGAGCAAUGUAACCACGGUGAUAAAGGGCAUUGGCGAGAUAGGGAAUGUUCACGUUAUAGACUUGCAGUCCUCAAUCGAUAGUCUUCUUGGGAAACAAGUUGCCGAAGUUGGGAGGAGCUCUGGAUAUACAAGGGGAACCAUAAUGGCUUACGCUUUGGAAUGCAACGACGAGAAAGGGAUCUAUUUCCUCACGGACUUUCUCGUGAUUGGUGAAAACCAGCAGACUUUUGACCUUGAAGGUGACAGCGGAAGCCUUUUUCUCUUAAGGAGUCCAAAUGGUCAGAAGCCACGACCGGUUGGGAUCAUUUGGGGCGGAACAGCUAACCGAGGAAGGCUGAAACUAAAUUGUUACCAGCUUUUGGCGGUUGUAUUCUUUGCAGCAGCAGCGCGAGAACAGAGGAACACCUCGGUUACGGCGUUUGAUUUAACCGUUAGCCAAUUGUCUCUGCCAGACCCGGUUCCAUUGGGAGACAGACAAGAUGAGAGCUCUGAGCUAUUUAUACCGCCUGAGUUUCAUAUAGAAGAAGCUAUCAAACCAACACUUGGAGUAGAGGAACAUCUCUUUAUUGCUCCUUCAUCCUUUAACGAGUCUACUUCUGCAUCUUCUGCUAUUAAAGGGCAAGUGAAACCCGAAUUUAAUGAUCUUGUCGCUUUAAAGAACAGUUCCGAAGAAGAGCAACAAAGUAACGAUGGAACCGCCGACAGAAGCGGCAGAACCAUCGAAGUCGAUAGAAGCGGCGGCGGAACCGUCGAACUCGACAGAAGGGGCGGUUCCAAAACCGACAAAGCCGACAAAAGAACUGUCGAAUCCGACAAAAGCGGGGGAACUGUCGAAGCCUUCAGAAACGGCGGAACCGACCGACAAAUAUCCGCCGACAUAGGAGACGGAGGUGACAGGAGAGGCGGAAACCGGAGAAGCAAAUCCCAAAGAAAAAGAAGCCCAAACUGA